AUGUCUGCAAGUAUUCCUGCCUCAUCCCUGAUGACCGUCGAGACUGUCUAUGGAAAAGUGAUUGGUUAUGAGGACCUCGGGACUCAUGAGACAAAGAACGCCGACCUGCAAUCCAUUGGAGCACUAUCCAUUGAUGAUACCAGAGUUCCUGUCAGAAAGUUCUUAGGGAUUCCUUACGCUCAAGCCGAAAGAUGGAAAAGAGCAGUCCCUCCUACGCCAUGGAGUGAGCCAAUAGUCUGCCACAAGUUUGGGCCGUCGAUUCCGCAGCCCCAAAUCACCCUGUUUGAUUCGUUCUACGAUCCCCCAUUGCUCAGCAAACCCCAGACCAACCAAUCAGAAGAGAAAGGGUUCACCGUCAAUGUCUUCUCGUCACCUGGCGUCAAAGAGGGCGAUAAGGUGCCCGUCUUGGCAUGGAUAUUUGGAGGAGGCCUCUUACACGGAUGCAGUUGCAUCCCGAUGUACGAUCCCACCGAAUGGAUCCGAAGGGAAGCCACCAAAGGCCACAAAUUCAUCGUCGUCACCGGCAAUUAUCGGACCAACCUGCUCGGCUUCCUGGCCAGCUCUGAUCUGGCUCAAGAGGAUCCCGAUGGCAUGGCCGGAAACUACGGGGCCUACGAUUGUAUUUCUUAUUUGCAAUGGGUCCAAAAUAACAUCGCCAAGUUUGGAGGUGAUCCGGAUAACGUGACCGCUUUUGGCGAAUCCGCUGGAGCGUUGCUUCUUUCCCAUAUCAUGGUUUGCAAAGAAAAGCUUUUCCGUCGAGUGAUUCUUCAAUCAGGAGCCGUGAACACCUUACCAACGGUAUCCUGGGAAACGCACGAAAAGAACUAUCAAGAGCUCCUAGAAAAAGCGUGUAUCAAAGCGGAGAGUAGAUCGGAGCGAUUAAAAGCCUUACGGGCUGUGCCGAUCGAGGAGCUCGUUGGUUAUUUUUCGCAAUCUGUGCGAGUGGUAGGGUUAGCGGAGGAGACGACGAGGUCGGCGAAAGCGGUAUGGAACCAAGGAUGUGUGCUUACGCGAUUAAAGGAGGGACAUUGGAGUCCGCACAUCGAGUCAGUGAUGAUGGGUGUCUGCAAAGACGAGGGCUCGUUGUUCGCCUAUAUGUGUCAAAGCCAUACCCCUCCUGGAUACCAAUUCUCGCAAAUCGAACUCUUGAAUGGCGCCUCCUACGCCCAAUUGGAUCCGCUCUAUCGUCUCCCUAAUCAAGAUCAGAUCGAUAACCCCGUCGAUGGCGCACCCUUGGAUUUGGCUCAAUGUUCCGGAAGCCAACCCGCCGGUGAUAGACUCUUUAAAGUCCCCAUGGAACUCUUGCUUUGCGCUUUGGACGAUACUAAAAACGCCGAAACUCAAAAACCUUUGUCCAUCUUCGUUUAUACCUUGGAAGGAACUGCCGUAGAAACUAACUCUCCUGGUAGAUCUUUCGGCGUCACUCAUACCGUCGACAUUGUUUUGCUCUUCAAUAUGAGUCACUGUUGGGCUCCAGAUUCGGAGAGUGCAAAAGUAUCAGCCACGCUAGGAAAGACGUGGUACAACUAUGCGAAAGAUGGACGUCCAGGCUUGAAUUGGCCCGAAUACGCCACUCAAUCGUCGCCCUACAAGCUAGUAUUCCAACAAGACGGAGAAAGUGUGCUCCAAGAUGUCCGCGACCGGCCGGAGAUCGAGAAGGAGCGGAUCAAGUUCUGGGCCGAGCAUCUCGAUCUCGCCGAGUUCUGGGAGCCGCCUGUCAUCGGCAUCUUGGACGGCUCUAGUUCCACCGAUUCGUCGGAGAUGCGCAGCGAAAAUACUAAUAAAAGUCUUUGA